AUGGCCCUCCGUAAUAUGCCUCUGAGACGUGCUCAGCGUUUUUUGGAGAAUGUCAAGGAGCAAAAAGAAAUUGUUCCUUUCUUGCGUUUCAACGGUGGAGUUGGACGUAAGGCUCAGUGCAAGCAGUGGAAUACCACACAAGGUCGAUGGCCCAAGAAGUCAGCUGAGUUCCUUCUAGACUUGCUCAAGAAUGCUGAGAGCAAUGCUGAGUACAAAGGUCUGGACGUUGACCAUCUUGUCGUCGACCACAUUGUUGUUCAACGCGCUGCAAAGAUGCGCCGACGAACUUACCGUGCUCACGGCCGUAUCAACCCGUAUAUGUCCUCACCAUGCCACAUCGAGGUUAUCCUAACUGAAAAAGAGGACGUUGUUGCCAAACCAACUGAUGAUAUCCCCAGAACCAAGAAAGAGUCAAAGAGAAAACAGAGACGCCAGUUAGCUCGUGGAGAUUAUUGA